AUGCAGGGACGAUCCGAAGGGCUUAUGAGUGCCCUCCUUCACCAAAGCGCCGACUUGCAGGCCGCCUUUUCUUCGAUGCAGUCCCCAGCCGAAUCUCAAGCAGAUGCCUUUGCCGCCACCUCAUUUCCCGAGACCCCAUCAAAUGAAACCUCGCGAGCUCCAUCACCGUUGCAACACGGAUCUGAAAUGAGGCCAGAAGCCAGUGAUGAAUUGGACGCAAAUCUGGCAGCCUACAUGUCGGGGGACAUUCUGGGCGACAAUGGAGAUCCCGAUCCUCUGACAUAUCCCGCAUCCCAGAUUUUGGGCCAUCCCUCGUUUGCAGACUCUAUGAUCUUCUCCACUCUUCCGCCGGCCAGCUCGAUGCACUUCCCAGACCAAAGUUUCCGUAGGCAGAGAGCGGCAUCAGUCGGUGAUGGUACUACUCAAGCUCGGUAUGAUAACAUCAACACAUCGCCAUCGGUGUCUUUUAAGCAUGCAAAGAUAAACCAUGGUGAUUCUCCUGGUGUCCCCAAAUCCCAGCGCUACGCUUGUCCCUAUAACAAAUGGGAUCCAGAAGGAUGUCCUCUUUGCUGUAUGCCGAGUAAUAAGAACCCAGGAGGAGGGGCAGAAACGUUCUCAAGAGUCAAGUCGCAUAUUCUCCGAAAUCACGACGAAUCGGUUCGUUGUCGGCGGUGCUGGUCCUCUUUUGUAGGCAGGCCUGAAGCAUUGAAAGAGCAUGUCAAAUCCGGCGAUUGCAUAUAUAAAGCCCGUCCGAAAGGAUAUUGGAUGAACGAGUACCAAACGAGCUAUGUCCGUGGUCAACGCUUCGAGGGAGGGGGUGAGGAGAAAUGGUAUCAUCUUUUUACGGUUCUCCUACCACACGUGAAGAUUUGCGAUGAUCAAGGGAACAAUUUGAUAAGCCCUUAUUAUACACCACUGUCCGAACGAGGUAGUGAGCAGGCCAUCUUAGGGGCCCUGCAGGCAGAUGCCAAGCAGGCUGACUUUCAACCCUCGACAUGGCCAUUUUCAAGUCACACUUCCACAAUGGGCUCUCUUCGUGCCCAGUAUGAAAACGCAUCGCUGCAAUCCUCGUCCUGUGCUUCUCCAAUAGUGAUGGAGGAUGUAUUGUCUGUAAAUGCCAGCUUCCCUUCUCUGGACUCCUCCGCACAUAACGGUCCUGUCAUGGCAUUGAGUCCCGAUUCCGGGCCGAUGCCGUCUUUUGUUUCGACAUCUGCCCCUCGGCCAAUACCGAUUCGGGGCUCUCAUCGGAUCGAUGGUUGUAUAGACGAAGCGAGCUCCUUCAACACCAUCAAUGCACCUGCCUCCAUGCCACAUAUUCAUUCGAAGCGGUUGUCCAACAACUUCCUGAGUUACGAUAACGACAGGUUGCGUCGUGAUAAUCGGCAGUUGCGCCAAGAGAGGAAUGAUCUACAGAGACGAAUCGAUGCUGUGCGCGCGAACAUCGAUCCGCUAAACCAGAUAAUCGAAUCUGCGCUUUAUCAAAAUGGGAUUCCUUUAGAGGUUUCGACGAAACUGUUUGCUGCAACCGAGACGUUGAAUAAUCUUAGACAGGCUUUGGGUUGA